AUGUCUGCACCAACAGUUAAAGAAAUCACCUCAGCCCUCAACAAAGAGUUGCAGAUGCAGCACGACAUAUCUUUGGUGUUUGGGAAGCUAUUCGACUACGAUGACAUUGAUUUCCAGAACCUUCUGCAACUUAGCCAAGAAUCUAUUCUACUGGCAGGAACACCCCUUGCUCAGAUGUAUGACAUAUUCCCAUGGCUCUUCAAAUGUUUACCUGGCCCCCACAACAUCAUCUUCUCCAACUACGCCAGGCUCAUAUUCUUCCUGAGAAAGGAAAUAGAGAAACACAACAGGGACUGGGACCCUUUUAACCACAGGGACUUUGUUGACACCUACAUCGCAGAAAUAGACAAGACUCUGGACUUGUUUGAGGCUGGAACGGAGACUGUCACCAACACCUUGCUCUUUGCUCUACUUUACAUGAUGAAAUACUCAGAAAAGGUCCAGGACGAGAUAGAGCGUGAGAUUGGACUGUCUCGCCAGCCUUGCCUGACUGACAAAAUCAACAUGCCAUACACUGAGGCUGUAAUUCACGAGACGCUAAGAGUGGCUAACUUAGUCCCGCUCAAUUUAAACAGGAUGGCUAGCAAAGACACCACUUUGGGAGGAUAUUUUAUUCCGCAGGGAACUGUGCUUAUCGCCAACCUUUCAUCAGUGCUCCAUGAUAAGACAGAAUGGGAGAAACCAGACAUGUUUUACCCCCAGCACUUUCUGAAUGAGCAUGGGCAUUUCUGUAAGAGGCAGGCCUUUUUCCCUGGUUCUGCAGGAAAGAGGAUGUGUCUAGGAGAGCAACUUGCCCAUAUGGAACUCUUCCUCUUUUUUUUUUUAUGAUUACAGUAACUGAAUAUGCAACAC